AUGUCCUUACUACCGAACUGGAAGAAGAAGAAGAAGAAGAAGGAGGAGGAGGAGGAGGAGGAGGAGGAGGAGGAGGAGGAGGAGGAGGAGGAGGAGGAGGAGGAGGAGGAGGAGGAGGAGGAGGAGGAGGAGGAGGAGGAGGAGGAGGAGGAGGAGGAGGAGGAGGAGGAGGAGGAGGAGGAGGAGGAGGAGGAGGAGGAGGAGGAGGAGGAGGAGGAGGAGGAGGAGGAGGAGGAGGAGGAGGAGGAGGAGGAGGAGGAGGAGGAGGAGGAGGAGGAGGAGGAGGAGGAGGAGGAGGAGGAGGAGGAGGAGGAGGAGGAGGAGGAGGAGGAGGAGGAGGAGGAGGAGGAGGAGGAGGAGGAGGAGGAGGAGGAGGAGGAGGAGGAGGAGGAGGAGGAGGAGGAGGAGGAGGAGGAGGAGGAGGAGGAGGAGGAGGAGGAGGAGGAGGAGGAGGAGGAGGAGGAGGAGGAGGAGGAGGAGGAGGAGGAGGAGGAGGAGGAGGAGGAGGAGGAGGAGGAGGAGGAGGAGGAGGAGGAGGAGGAGGAGGAGGAGGAGGAGGAGGAGGAGGAGGAGGAGGAGGAGGAGGAGGAGGAGGAGGAGGAGGAGGAGGAGGAGGAGGAGGAGGAGGAGGAGGAGGAGGAGGAGGAGGAGGAGGAGGAGGAGGAGGAGGAGGAGGAGGAGGAGGAGGAGGAGGAGGAGGAGGAGGAGGAGGAGGAGGAGGAGGAGGAGGAGGAGGAGGAGGAGGAGGAGGAGGAGGAGGAGGAGGAGGAGGAGGAGGAGGAGGAGGAGGAGGAGGAGGAGGAGGAGGAGGAGGAGGAGGAGGAGGAGGAGGAGGAGGAGGAGGAGGAGGAGGAAGAAGAAGAAGAAGAAGAAGAAGAAGAAGAAGAAGAAGAAGAAGAAGAAGAAGAAGAAGAAGAAGAAGAAGAAGAAGAAGAAGAAGAAGAAGAAGAAGAAGAAGAAGAAGAAGAAGAAAAAAAAAAAUGA